AUGACCGCCGACCUGCGGGACUCGCGCCUGGUGGCGCUCCACCGGCUGUGGCUCAGCCGGCCGCAACACCACCACCCCGCCCACGCCCGGGGGCAUGUCGUGUGCUCCGGGGCACCGGCUCCUGUCGGCCGCCUGGAUGCCCUUCCCCUGCCGGAGUACCCCAGCGCCAGUGUCGCCGCCGCCGCCGGUCAAGACCCGAAUCCCGCGGAGCCUCCGCUCUGGCUGCAGACCCUCUUCCAAUUGCACACGGCCCAGGCCCUGCCGCAAUUGUCAUCCAAGCCGGCGCCCGGGUUCGUGCCUCCUGCCGGCGAGGAGGAUGCCAUCACCGCCACCGAGCGCCAGGCCCGCUGGGGCACCCAUCCGCUGCACCUGGCCGAACACAUUGGCCGGCUCCUCCGUGCCAAGCCCCCCCCCGGGCCGGACGCCUUUGCCCGGCUGCUGAGCGCGCGUCUGCUGUGUCUGGAGCGCGCCGGGCUGCAAGCCGAGGCCCUCGCCGAGGCCGAGGCCUUCCUCCAGCAGGCCGAGGAGCCGGACGUUGCCGAGGAGACCGCCAUCGAGGCUGCUGAAGUCCUCACCACCACCUGGGUCCCCUUUCACCUGCGGCUACUGCAUGCCCUGGCUCCGGCGUGUGUGUCAUCGACACCCUCAUCGCCGGCGCCGCCUCCGUCGGACUUUGUCCAGCGCCACACGGAGGCCACUCGGCGCUUGGGACGCCUGCUGGCCCAUUGCCGUGCGAUUGUCCGGCUGCUGGCCGACGCCGAAGCGGCCAAGGCCCCGGCCGCCCCCAAGAGCCUUCCCCUCCAGCAGGCGGCCAGCCCGGGCACCGGCACGGCCGAUGCUGCCGCCGCCGCCAAGCCGAUGCUUCACCACCUGACUCCGGAAGACGCACGGAUUGGGCUGGACCUGUGGCGGUCGCGCAUGCGCGCCUGCGUGCUGACUCUCUGCGGCUUGCUGGCGACCACCCUCCCGCCGUCGGCCAUCCAUGAUGGCGAGCCAUACACGGCCCUGUAUGCCCCCCCGGGGGCCGACUCGGCGCCGGCCACCCCCAGCCGAAGCGCCCCCGCGGCCGGUCUGCCCGGCCGCGCGUCGGUGUCCAGCGCCAAUGUCCCCGCUGCCGGCGAUCAAACGGCGGCCCACGACCACUCGGUGCUGCGUGCUUCGCCGGCCGUGGCGGCCCGCGCGGCGGCCGGCUUCCACUCGCUGCAAGGGCUGCUGUCCCCCUCGCGUGCGGUGGAUCUCCUCCGGGCCCUGCCUGACGACAUGUUCCCUCGGGCGAUGGUGGCUCGCGACCCCUCGGGCCCGGGCGCCCUUGCCCUGGAGCAGCUCCUGUGCAUGGUUCAGGCCGCGAAGCUGCUCACCCGGAAUGGGAAUCUCGCCGCCGCCGGGGCGCUGCUCGCGCAUGGCACCGAACUCCUGGCCACAGCGCGUGCGGCCGCCCCCUGCUCCGGUGGCCCGGACACGCCUGACAUUCUCUUUGCCGCCUGCUCCUUGGACCUGGCUCGCGCUUCCUUGUGGCUGGUCAGUCGCCCGCCCUCUGAGGCACAGCAGGUGCUUCUGUCCACUGUGAUUCGAUUGCUCCGCGCCCGGGCCGAGCCCUGUCCGUCUGGCAUGGACUCCGGCAACUUGGCCCCCCAUCCGGAAGUGGCCUCCGAGCAGGCGGCCUUCUCCUGGCAUCAGCACCGCCUGGCUGUGGGUCAGCUUCUGCAGGACUGCCUGCUGACCCUGUUGGCCACUGCCCCGACGAAUGGCCAAGCUCUGAGUGUCAUUGCCAUCGUCGAGGGGAUCAUCCUCCCGGCCAAGUUUUCCCGCGCGGUGCACACCCUGUCCGAGCAGAGUGCCUCCUCGCCGGCCGUGCAGGAGCUUCUGGCCAUGAUCAACUCGCCGGCAGCUGAUGGCACGCCGCUCCUUCCACCGGACGAGCGCAUUGCCACCUCCCUCCUGAGCUUGCUUGAUUUGGUGGGCUUCCCUCUUUCGCGGAAGAUCUCCAUUCUGGCCAAUAUCCUUGUUGCCGGGCACUUCUUCUAGAUUGCAGCCCGUCGGAUGCUCGUACAAAUAGACACUCAAUGUGGCUGG